AUGACCCACCGCACAACAAACGACGCCGCGACGUCAAACGUCCUGGCCUGGUCGACACAUUGCGCCAACAUGCCCUUGAUGGUUGAAGACGAGUCCGCUGAUGUCGACGAGCCUCCGGACGCCCAACUCCCCGUCUCUCCCAUCAGCAGCAUGUUCAAGCGGAACCCCAUCCGCCGCACUACUCUCGACCACAACGCCUCCCUCCUGACCAAGGCCCUCCACAGCCCUUCCGAAGAUGAGGACCCCGAGGCUCGCCCGGGCAUGUCCUUCUUCGCUCGUCGCCGCUCCAUGGCCAGCAACAUCAGCUUGGCCUCUACCGCCGACCUCACGAGCGACACCGGCUUGACCAGCCCCUCCCGCGCCAACACCCCUAGCCCUCCCCUUCCCGAGAUGCGUUACCUGAACCUCAACGACGAGCCUGCCAAGGAGGCGCCCAAGAAGCGCUGCAUCCAGUUUGCCUGCGCCGCGAAGCCCAAGGUCGCUGAGCCCAUCCAGGCCCAGCCCAUGGUGAAGGCUCCCUCUGCCCAGGAGACCCAGCGAAAGCCUUGCAUCAAGUUCGCCUGCCCCAUCCCCCAGCGUCCCGCCUCGACGCAGAACACACCGCCCCAGCGGAUGGAGAUGGCCGCUGCGCGACUUCAGCAGACUGCCUUCGACAAGCAGGCCUCUCCGGCGACGGUCCGCAAGGCUCGCUCGCGGUCUCCCAGACCCUCGCUUGCUCCUCCCCAUGUUGAGACGGAUGUGAAGUCUCCUACCACCAAGAAGUACAUUACCGCCAACGUCAACGACUUGAACAACGAGUCUUCUCACUUUCAUGACAGUCUCCGCGCCCGCCGUGGCCGGGCUCAGCGUAUCAAGAUUCGUCCUGGUACCCCUGAGCUUCCCGACAGCACCGACUUCGUCUGUGGCACUCUCGACGAGGACCGCCCUAUGGAGGACGCCUACAUGUCCUGCUUGGCGGCCCGCAGACGCGAGAAGCUCCAGCUCAUUCCUCAGGAUAUUGACCCCAGCUUCCCGGCUUCCGACCCGGAGGAUGAGGGCGAAGAGGAGAUCUACAACCCUGUCCACCACAGCAGCGACGACGAGAUGUUCUUCCACGGCAAGAUGGACGACCUGCAUCACGCCAACGACAGAAGCCGACGUCGCAAGAAGACGGAGCACACCUCCCCCAAGCGCUUCCACUCGCCUCCUCCCUUGAAGCGUCGUGCGUCGCCUGCUCCCAAGGCUCGUGGCCGCUCGCCUCGUCGCCUCUUUGAUGGCCCCUCGCCCCGCCGCCUGAGAUCUCCCGCACCUCAGAUGCUGAGAUCUCCUCCCGCAUCCCCCCGCAACGGCCACGGCGCCAUCGCCUUCAAGACCCUGGCGUCUCGCCCCGGUCUCACCGUUACCAAAUCCCUCCCCCGCCCUCCUUCCAUGUUCCCCCACAUGGCCAAGGGCCGCCGUGUCAAGGCUCCGGCCAACGACGUGCACAUCCGUGGCGCCAUCGACAUUGUCAAGGGCCUCGAGCGGAAGCGACAGCGUCGCAAGGAAAAGUUUUAUCAAAAGUACUGCAACCGCGCUCGCAAGGGACAAGUUCCCGAGCGCAAGCCGCAGCGCGGCCUCGGCUGCGAGCGCAUGAGAGAGUUGGGCCUGCUCAUGGCCGGCAAGAUCGACCAGGGCAACUACGUCCUCUCCGUCUAA